AUGGAUGGGACAAAUGAAUUACCGGACGUAAAGACCAAGGACGUGAUAGAGAAGGAGGAGUUAGCACGAAUGCAGCCAACUUUUGAGGAGCGUCGAUGGUUUCACUGCAUAUCGCUCUUCUUCCUUCUUGUUGCUCUGGUGAUUGGUUUGCCACUUUGGUGGCUCACCACGUCCCCAGAACAAUAUUCAAUACCAACUGAAAAAAUCCGGGCUACUUUAAAGCGCCCUAUCACUGUUGCAGUUGAUGUUGGUGUCAUUAUUUUGGACCCGCGCCUUUCUAUUGAGGACGCCGAGAGUUUGAAGCAGUAUCUGUACUCCCAAGCUGCUGAUGCUCAACGCAACUUGGAUUCCCAGCACUCCCAUCACAUGGGUGGCGAAACUAGCGAUUCCGCCAACCUCCCAGUUCGCGUUGAUUACAAAUUCCACAUUAGUCGUCCCGCCUUUGACAUCUUCGAGUACUUUUCAUUGGGCGUGUCCACCGACUUGGAUAGCAAAUUACCGCUGCCUGGACUAUUCGAUGGCCACAAUUCAUCGAAUAAAAAGCAAGAUGUCGACGACUCGUAUUACUUCGCAAUCCUACCUAACGAUUUCCCGGGAUUCAAAUCAGUUACUGGUGAGCCGCUCAGAGCAAUUGUUCGUAAUUCCCCCACGAAAAACCUUAUCUACGUCCGAUCGCCUUGCAUCUCAAAGUCAUCUCGGGAAUCUUGCCCUUCUAGUAGCGUGAGCGGACUGUCUUCGACAAUUUUUCCACUCUUGCAGGAGCACUUGGUUGUGCCUAGUAGGCUUCAGGCGAUAUAUUCCACGGUUUGGUGGGCGGGUAGUGAUAUGCACCAACUCAACUCAAGGCCUGAUCACCUAAACCACAGCGACUAUAAUUCAGCUCUUGCAGAACUCGCACGCAUCCGAACACAUCAGCUUCCUACCGGACCUGGUUACGAGGUUACAAUUAGCUUGGUUAGUGCCUUCGACUCUGGUCCAGGCCUACCUCUUACUGAUGAUUGGCUAUGGACAGCGAACAGCCAAGGCCUCAGCCUCGGUGAUUGGGUGCGUAUAUCCGUAGAACCGGGAUUGGUUGAUCUGAAGCGGUUCAUCAACUUAAAUGUAUACUCUCAAUACCUCUAUUCGGUGACACUGGACGGAAUCCUGUGGAGCCGCAUAUCUAAGGACAGAAGCCAUAGAUACUACACUGCAACUCAACUCUCUGGCGUUCUCAACUCCCUUGAAGCCUACCUCGGUCAGCACUCCUCACAGCGUGGGACACCAGAUAGGAAAAUCAACGGCGGCAAAACUGCUGGUACUAAUGGGGGUCUGCAUUUCGUCAUUGUCGUGGACAACCCGGAGCGGGAGUUCAAUGUCAGUACACGUCGACCGCUGCGAUUCCAUCUCUCCACCGAUGGUGUACCUACAAGCGUUGCUGUAGUGCCACAAUGGGGAGCGUUUAUCUCCCUUGAUGACGUGGAUGUCAAUUUGACCAAUCUCGGGACGGUUUUAGUGAAUGCUAUCCGUUCGUUUAUUGGGAUCUCGGUUAGACGGAAUGCUCUGAUUACGUUGACGGGAGGUGGUGAAGCUGUUCUUCUGGAACAGGGCUCGACAAAAGGCAAAAUCGUCAAGCGGGAGCUUGACUCUUGGUUACGCUUUCGGACAAUCGAAAGUCUUUCUACGGUCUCCUUGAUUUUGACCUCACUCGUAAAUAUGGUUGAGCACGUACCUACUACGGUAAUCAAUCCCUAUGUUGCCGGCCGCGUCAAGCAUGGCGUAGCCGCCUGGGUUGAGGCUGUCUCCGAACUGGCCAGUCACCAUUCCACCAACGCCUGCGCCAACGCCUUCGUUUCAGCCCGCAUCGCUCACGAAGAUGCUGAUGCGGCCUUUUUUGACCACAGUCUUCUUGAUUUACUCUAUUUUCCGGCGGAUCAAGUAUUCGGUAUCUACUUACCCCUGUUUGCACCGAUUGGAUUGCCUGUCUUGGCUUCUGGAAUCGCUGCGUUGAAGUUUUUCCGGAAGGGUCACUAG